AUGGCAGUAAGUUUUACCACUGUUAGCAUUGCCUUCCACCAUAUAGUCGCACCCCUGUUCAGUUUCACCAUUGUUGUCGUCCACGCCAUCGACUUCAUUGCUGUCCAUAUCGAGUUAUCGAUCUGGGUGGUCUUUUCCUACUUUUGUCUAUUAUUCCACUGCCUUAAAGUAUACAUGGGCAUGAUUGGGAGGGAACCCGUAAUUCUUCAGAGACAAUCAUUGUGCCCCAACUGUGAUGGAGGUUUCGUUCAGGAGCUUGACGAUAUGUUGAGCACGACUACUGAAAAUCUUGAUCAAAGGCCGAGGUUUAUGGAAGCUGUGUCGAAUUUUCUCAGACAACAAAGGACUGUUAGAAGCAACUUGACUGUCGGCAGAGGGAGAUCUGAAGGGGGUCCUCUGAAUGGUAACUCAUGGAAUUCGCUCCUAGUUUUUAGUGGUGAUAUGCCAGUUAGGUUGCCUGGGAGUGGUGGGCUCUUAGAGUUUCUUAAUGAUGCUCUUGGAUUUAGACGAGACAAUGGUGGCGACUAUUUUAUUGGUCCUGGAGUGGAAGAGUUUUUCGAGCACAUUACGAGCAACAAUCAAAAUGUUCCUCCUCCAGCUUCAAGAUCCUUCAUUGAUGCUCUACCAACAAUGAAGAUUACAAAAAAGUAUGUCCGUUCUGAUUCAACCUGCGCUGUUUGUAAAGAAAAAUUCGAAUUGGGUUCACAAGUGACAAAGCUACCAUGCAAACAUCUAUACCACUUGGAUUGCAUUGUUCCGUGGCUACAACAACGCAGUUCAUGCCCAGUUUGUCGCCAGGAGCUAACUCCUCAGCAAUUAAGCAACGAGUGCAAUAAUUACCGUUCUAGAGAACAAAAUAGGAGCUGGAGUAGGAGAUUUGGUAGUCGAGAGGACGGAACUGAGAAUCCAGGCAGGAGGAGGAGAUGGUCUUUCUUGUGGCCUUUUGGAUCGUCUCACUCCAGCUCUAGCCAUAAUGGAACAGCCGAACCUAGUUCAGUCGUCUACCCGUGA